AUGACUGCCAACACCACUUCUCACGUCCAGCCGGGAAGCGGAAUCACCCUCUUGUGCCAGCUGAGAGGCCGGCAGUACACGGAGCGGUGCAGGAUCGCCAUCUUCUUUAACGGCUCCGAGCGCGUGAAGAGUUUCGGCGGCUCAGUAAGCACCGAGUUCACGGUCCACGCAGCACGCGGUAAGGGGAACGUGACCGCGGGCGAACUCCCCCGGGGCGCUGCCGAAAUAUGUGACAAAGGGACCAUGACUGCCAACACCACUUCUCACGUCCAGCCGGGAAGCGGAAUCACCCUGUCGUGCCAGCUGAGAGGCCGGCAGUACACGGAGCGGUGCAGGAUCGCCAUCUUCUUUAACGGCUCCGAGCGCGUGAAGAGUUUCGGCGGCUCAGUAAGCACCGAGUUCACGGUCCACGCGUACGGCAAACACACGUUUACGUGCAAAACAGAUUGUGAAUACAAGAAAACGCUCAUCUGCGGGAUCGAUAUAGAAUCUGGAAAUCCUCCAGACGAGCCCAGCAACGUGUCGUGCAUCCAGCACGGGACCGACGGCCAUCCCGUCUGCACCUGGGACAAGGGACGGCUCACCUACAUCACCACUACAUACGUCCUACAGCUGUCAAACGGGACGGAUGUCUUACGUGUUUUGGAAGAAAGCCUGAAUAAGAAGUUCGGCUCGCUGGCUCUGAGCAAGUUGAAUUUUGACUCUACUUACACUGUUGUGGUUGCUGCCUCCAACGAGCUGGGAAGUGCUGCUUCGCAGCCGCUCGUGUUCACGUUAAUAGACAUAGUGAAACCACAUCCUCCCAACUUUUUGGUGGAAUUUGAAAACUCUUCUGUGACCAACUGCACCUUUUUCUGGCACGACGGACCGCAGGCGCAGCACUGCCGGCUGAGAUACCGUCCGCUGACCAGGCAGACGUGGAGCGCGGUUGAAAGCUUGAACAGCGAGAACUGCAGUCUUCGUGGUCUGGAGCCUCACACAGCCUACGAGUUUCAGGCCAGCUGUAAAAUCCACCCUGAGCGAGGGCUGUGGAGCAGCUGGCGCGCGUACCAAACCCGGACCCCGGAGGCAGCGCCGAGCGGGCUCCUGGACAUCUGGUACCGGCAGCAGGACGUGGACCCUGAGCGGCAGAACAUCUCUCUCUUUUGGAAGGCUUUGAGCGCGUCGGAGGCGCGGGGCCGAAUCCUGGGGUACACCGUGACCUUCGAAGACCUGGCCCGGCGCAGCCCCCCGGCUUCAGCAGCACUCGUCUGCACCCAGACCAGCUAUGCCAGGGUCACACCAAGGGUGGGCUACAGGAUAACCAUCACCGCUGAGAACUCCCGGGGCACUUCCCCCCCGGCAUCUGUCGUGACCGACCCAGGAACGCAGGACCUGCCUCCUCCUCAGAAGGUCUCCGCCGUAGCCCUGGGGAACAGCAGAAUCCUCGUCACAUGGAAGCCCCCUCUGGGUGACCCUGCUUCAGGAGGGGGCUUGGACUGGGUGACCCACAGAGGUCCCUGCCAACCCCUGCCAUCCUGGGAUUCUGGGAUGGCUGAGAAUACUUUAGCAAUUAACUCCCCACUUCUAAUUCUCUAUUUAGAGCGCAUAGAAGAUGAUGUUUGCUACCAGAUCAGCGUGUUCGCGCUCUAUCGGGACAGAGCCGGACAAGCGGCGUCCGUUCGGGGACACUCCAGGGCACAAGCGCCGUCAGCUGGGCCCCAGAUGCACACCACACCGCGGGCAAACGGCGUCGUGGUUUCGUGGGCAGCAAUCCCUGCCCGGCAGCAGCGGGGCUGCAUCACCGGCUACCAGGGCUACCUGCAGAAGAAGGACCGGGGGGGUGCUGGGGACUGGACGACUGUUGUGCUUACCUGCAGCUUCUUCAUCUUCUCAGCCUGUGUCUGCUCUGUGCCUCUGGCAAGAAAAGCGUUUCUCUCACUCCUCUCCGUGCUCGUGCCGCAGUGGCAGAGCAAAUCCAUCCCAGACCCAGCUAAUGCCACGUGGGCCAAGAACUACACCUCUAUGAAGGCGGAGCUGAGCUUGCCCUCCAGCCCCUUCCCACCCAGCUCCAGCA